AUGAAGCAGCAAAUGACACACGAGAUUCAAGAACAACUAGCCGCCACGAGGGCUGCUUUGAGAGAAAUGGAAAUAUGCAGCUCAAGUGGCAAAACGUUGCAGGAAGAAGAAGAAGAACUGCGACAGCUGCAGCAACAGGUAGCAGCAAGGGCGGCCGAAAUGGACACAGCGAUGAGCGAAUCUCGAUCCAAAUUAAACGAUUUACUCGAUCCUGUCGCUGCUUCUUCCUUCCACGGUGGUCGAGUAGGCUCUGAAGAGAAAACAUCUAACCAAGAACCGACGAUCUUUGAUUCGACUGCGUUAGUAAACGAGUUGAUCGCUCGAGCAGAGAAAAACCCAGAAGAAAAUGCUCUGUAUGAAAAGUGGACAACGGAUCGAUCUCGUAAAAUUGCCCAGUUAGCAAGCUACCGCGACCAGCAGACGGUUCUUCGGGCCCAGCAGUCAAUGCAGACUUUCCAGCAAGCCUUAGCAGAAGUGCGCGAGAACCGAUAG